AUGGCUGAAGACUUGGACAUGCGCAAUGAGCUGUCGGAUAUGCAGCAACGCGCCGACCAGCUUGGAGAUGAGUCGCUCGAGAGCACUCGUCGUAUGCUACAGCUGGUGGAAGAGAGUAAGGAUGCUGGUAUCAGGACUUUGGUUAUGUUGGACGAGCAAGGAGAACAACUGGACCGUGUUGAAGAUGGCAUGAACCAUAUCAACCAAGACAUGAAGGAGGCCGAGAAAAGUUUAAAAGAUUUAGGGAAAUGCUGUGGUCUUAUCAUAUGUCCCUGUAACAAGAUGAAGAGUGGCGGCAGCAAGGCUUGGGGGAACAACCAGGAUGGGGUGGUGGCCAGCCAGCCUGCCCGUGUGGUGGACGAACGUGAACAGAUGGCCAUCAGUGGAGGAUUUGUUCGCAGGGUAACAGAUGAUGCCCGGGAAAAUGAGAUGGAUGAGAACCUGGAGCAGGUGGGAGGCAUCAUCGGUAACCUGCGCCACAUGGCCCUGGAUAUGGGCAAUGAGAUCGACACCCAGAAUCGACAGAUCGACAGGAUCAUGGAGAAGGCUGAUUCUAACAAGACCAGGAUUGACGAAGCCAACCAGCGGGCCACUAAGAUGCUGGGCAGUGGCUAA